GAAUAUUAAUUCCAUAAUUUCUGAUGAAUGAUUAGAAGAUAAUUAUUUAUAAUUUUUUGAAAAAAUGUUCAAGUGAAUUAGAAGUCAGUUUUGGAAACUGAAAUCUUUAAAUUGUUUUGACACAGGUGACGGGAGAGAGAGAGAAAUUGCCAUGCAAAUUAAUCUUUGUAUUGCCCUGUUUCUCUCUUUCUUUAUCAGAGGAAAGAUCCACUUCUGUAUAAUACCUCUCAAAUCGUCCGCACACACCAUUCUUCGACUUAAUCACUAUACAGUAUAAACCAACCCAACUUCGAUUUCAUCCAGUGUCUUUCCCUCUUUUUGCCAUUUUGGGUGUCCAGGUUUUAGGCUUCUGAGUGUAAUCUUGAAGAAGAAACAGGAGAGAGAGAGAGAGAGAGAGAGAGAGAGUAGUAAUGGAGUAGCAGGUGAAAGAAAAGGGGGACCUACUGCUUGAUUUUUGGCUGGCAGCAACAGUCACUGUCAAUGAUUUUUCUUCUUUGAGUGGUGUUGGUAGUUUCUCUCAAUUUCUAAUCACUAAUCACACUCACAGACUCACACUCCUGCAAUAUUGCUUAGGGGAAGAUCUUGGUGAUCAAGAUCCCUGCCCCAUCUUUAUCAAGCUUCUUCCUUUCUUAUUUUGCGGGAAUUUGUUGGUGGCUGUUUUGCUCUCCCAAGGAAGGUGAAAAUUAAGCUGCUUUCUUUUGGUGCCUGGCCUCUAAAGGGAAACAUCAGAUUUCAGUCAUAUGAUAUGAGGAUAUCUUUUACCCUAGUACAUGUGCUUCUGGUACUUGCACUGUUCAGUGAUGUUCCAUGGCUUAUCAGGGGCAGUUCACAUUGCAAACGGGCUAACUCUGCAGUAAUCCGGCCUCACAGUGUCACUAUUACUGAAUUUGGUGCAGUUGGAGAUGGGCUCACUCUCAACACGAAAGCAUUUCAGAAUGCUAUUUUCUAUCUCAAUUCAUUUGCUGAUAAGGGAGGCGCCAAGCUUUUUGUCCCAGCUGGCCGGUGGUUGACAGGCAGCUUCGAUCUCAUCAGUCAUCUGACAUUGUGGUUAGAUAAAGAUGCGGUGAUUCUUGGAUCAACUAAUUCUGAUGAUUGGCCAGUUGUUGAUCCUCUACCAUCAUAUGGCCAAGGGAGGGAGUUGCCUGGUGGGAGGCAUCGAAGCCUCAUUUAUGGCCACAAUUUGACAGAUGUUGUCAUAACAGGUGAUAAUGGAACUAUUGAUGGUCAAGGCAGCAUCUGGUGGAAUUGGUUCCAUGCCAAAACCUUGAAGUAUACCCGGCCCCAUCUGGUUGAGUUAAUGAACUCAUCUGGGAUAGUUAUCUCAAACUUGACCUUCAUAAAUUCACCAUUCUGGACAGUCCACCCUGUUUACUGCAGCCAUGUUAUUGUCCAAAAUGUUACGAUCCGUGCUCCUCUUGAUUCACCAAACACAGAUGGGAUUGAUCCAGAUUCUUCUGAUGAUGUUUGCAUCGAGGACUGUUACAUUAGCACUGGUGAUGAUCUAAUCGCCAUCAAAAGUGGGUGGGAUGAGUAUGGCAUAUCGUAUGGUCGUCCUUGCAGAAACAUUACCAUUCACCGGCUUGUUGGACAAACUCGAACAAGUGCAGGGAUUGCAAUUGGAAGUGAGAUGUCUGGUGGUGUAUCAGAAGUUCGUGCUGAAAAUAUCCAAUUUUAUAAUUCAAGUACAGGUAUUAGAAUAAAGACGUCUCCAGGAAGGGGUGGCUAUGUAAGAAAUAUCUACAUGUCAAAUAUAACCUUGACUGAUGUAAAAGUAGCAAUAAGGUUCACUGGUCAUUAUGGGGAACACCCAGAUGAGCAUUAUGAUCCAGAAGCUCUUCCAAUCAUAGAACGGAUAACCAUUGAGGAUGUCAUUGGAGAUAACAUUGAGUAUGCAGGCAUUCUAGAUGGUAUCCAAGCAGACACUUUUCUCAACAUCUGCCUAUUGAACAUUACCCUCAACGUAACCUCCGAGUCUCCCUGGAACUGUUCAUAUAUCGAAGGAUAUUCUGACUCUGUUUCCCCUGAAACUUGUGAGCCUCUCAGGGAGAGUAUCUUCCCUCAUCAUUACUCUGAUUGUUACCAUCUAUCAAGUCAUUUGCUGAAUUCAAGUAAUCAAAACAGAGGUACUUGGUUGCUGUCUUGGUAAAUUUAUGGAAGCUUUAGUAUUUGUUCAGUGGUCUACUCACCUUCGAUUGUGAAAGGUCAAUUAAGUUCAAAUUUUGAUUCUUGCCAUUUCUCAACACAAAUGCUCAUUGCCAUGGAGAAAAGAAGUUGAUUGAAGUUGCUGAUUUGUUGUUGACUUGUGAAAGAGUAUUAAGAAAUGAUUUUUCCUGUAACUUUGUGUGCAGUAACAAAUAAUUGAGUGAUUUAUCAGAAAGUGAAAAUAGAAUGAGUUUAUAUUCA